CAUGAACUGCAGCCUGCCAGACAGAGUGCUGCUCAGCUACGUGAUGGAUGGACAGCAGGACAGGUUGUGCCUUCAGUCUCUUUGGGACUUUAUCACAGCAAAAGGGCCAUUGAUCAAGUCACCUUUUUUUCCAGUACUGUUUUCUUUUACAGCAUACCUGGCUUUCUGUCUUCCAUAUAUUGCACUGGACUUUUUAAGCACUAGACUACCAAACUUGAGAAAAUACAAAAUCCAGCCGCAGAACUAUCCAACUCUUGGAAUGAUGGUGUCUUGCAUUAUUCAAAGUGCAUAUCACCAUGUUGUUUUGAUCUUCCCGGUGACCUUUCUCCACUGGUACUGGAAACCAAUGAAUCUACCAGUGAUAGCUCCAGAGCUGCCUAAGGUCCUGCUGGAAGUAGGAGUUUGCCUGCUUCUGUUUGAUUUUGAGUAUUUCCUGUGGCAUUUGCUUCACCACAAGGUGCCUUGGCUUUACAAGACCUUCCACAAGGUGCAUCACAAGCAUGUGUCAACAUUUGCUCUUACUACACAGUAUUCCAGUGUGUGGGAAUUACUGUCACUGGGAUUUUUUGCUGCUAUCAACCCAGUGCUCCUUGGAUGCCAUCCUUUGACAGAAAUGGCUUUCUUCCUUGUAAACAUUUGGUUGUCUGUGGAGGACCAUUCAGGAUACGACCUUCCAUGGUCAACUCAUCGACUUGUGCCUUUUGGUUUGUACGGAGGAGCGCCACAUCAUGAUCUCCAUCAUCUGAAAUUCAAAUCAAACUAUGCUCCUUACUUCACCCACUGGGACAAACUCUUUGGGACAUUCACAGAGUCGCAUUCUAAUUAAGGAUAUUUACCUGUGGACGAACUCUUAUUUUUUUAUAGACUAAACUGGGACAUUAAUUUUUCAAAGACAUACAGAAAAUUGAGUAUUUUAAGCUACCUAUAAAAGCAAUAGCUAUUUAUCACAAAUCCUCUUAAUAUAUGUGUAUUUGUAUGUAUACUUGGAACUGCCUAUGUUAAAUGACUGCAAAUGGGAGGGUAAAUAUCUGUUACUUAAAUUUGUUUGAGUCAAGGGUGUAAGGGAAGCAUUAAGAGACAUUCUCCCUUCUUUAGCUCUUUCCAGCUUUCAUAAAGCAUGUAUUGUAUUACUGUAUGAUGUUUUAUACAUACACCAGAACAAUUAUUCUACUGUUGUAGGAUGAUUUAUGAUGUAAAGAGAAAAGGUACACAAUGGAUUUUGUGGAGUUUAAUCUGCCAGAGCAUAUCAUUGCAUAAUGAUGUUGUAAAACAUUGCUGCCAAACAAAGCUAGUUGGCUAACUGUGCAAUAAUUUUGAUAUUUAUAUUUUAAACCUUGAUGUAUUGUCAUUUUUUAAUAGAAAAUAAAUAUGGUAAUUCU